AGAGAGCAUGCAUGUGGUGUUUGAGUGAGUCUGUGUGCCCUCGUCAUGCGUACGCUGCAUGCAACCCCCGGUCAUGACAUGACGACCUUCGAAGCCACCCAAAUGCCGUAACUCGUUGAUCAACUAUACGCAAGGCCUAACGGAUCUCCAAAGAAAGGUCCAAAGACGAAAAUAGGACUUGGUUCCCGCCACGGAUGUUUCAAACGUAAACUUUGGUGUGGUUACCGUUGGACGAAUCGCGGAACUCGCAAGCGUGGCUGCUCCGACACAGCUCUCUCCAACGUCCAACCCUCACAGCACAUUCAGCACCAACCUUCAGAGCAAGAAACCACGCGAGAAACAACCUACGAACGAUAUCUCGUAAAGCAGUAUCCCUGAGAAGCCCUGGACAUCCUUGUUGAGAACAAACCAAGUUCCACACGCCAUAGUAACCACUGCAAGGAGGGCACUUGCCUUUUGGCAGGACCAGCCUUUACAUUCCCCCGAUCCGCUCAAGACUAGAGAAGAGGUUACACGUCGUGGAGGCUGCUUUGCUGCUUCAGGAGGUCGGACCAGUAACAACGAGAUCAUCGUGUUGCUGGUACGUAUCUUGAAGCGAGUGAAGUGUUGAAUCCACCACUACCAAACACCCGCCGACCUGGCAGACGACGACCAAACCACCUCCCCACUCACCGCCGACCACCCAUCCGCCCCGCAAACCAUCCUCCCUCCUUUAGCCCCUAGAAACUCAGCCCAUAUCGAAAGCACGCACAAUAUUGUUGCCGGAACGAAGCGUCCGAGAUCUUCCUCUGACGACUCCGGCCCGGAAGAUCUGGAAGCGGCCGGUCUUUCUGCUUCUACAUCAAGAGGCGGGCCCUCAUCUACACACAUAUCCAAGCGCAUUCGAAGCGAUAAUAUGCGUUUGGGAAGCACAAACACAUCGCAGUCGCCGGCAUACUCAAACGGAUCCUCGAAUGGCCUCUCCCCUACGUCGAAGAAGUACACGAAUGGUCACUCGAACGGAGAGAGUAACGGGGUUGGAGUCUCCCAGCCGCUGCCGUCCAAGUGGUUUGGUCACAGUAGAGAAGAGGUAGCUCGAAUACUGAUACAAAGCUUAAACGAUCUUGGCUAUCCCGAAUCCGCGAGAACCUUGAGCAAGGAGAGCGGCUACGAGCUUGAGGGACCGGAAGUGGCCGCUUUCAGACAUGCUGUGUUGCAUGGAGAAUGGGCAGAGGCGGAAGCGUUGUUAUUCGGGAGUUCAGCCCAAGAUACCGGCGGUGGAGUCUCGUUACAGGGAACUGGAAAGGGCGUAGAUUUCGGUCAGCGCGGACCUUCGGGUGGGCUCACAUUAUCCGAGGGCGCAAACAUAGAUGAGAUGCGCUUUUGGUUAAAGCAACAGAAAUAUCUCGAGCUACUUGAGAAUAGAGAUCAAGGCCGUGCUCUGAUGGUUCUACGGCAAGAGCUUACUCCAUUAGGUUUCCAGGACACCAAUCAGCUCCAUCAUCUAUCAAGCCUCCUCAUGUGCAAGCCGGAGGAACUCAAGCAACAAGCUGGCUGGGAUGGUGCUGAGGGUGCUUCGAGAAGUAUACUCCUCACUGAACUGUCAAAGUCCAUAUCGCCGAGCACCAUGAUUCCAGAGCACAGACUAGCCGUUUUGCUACACGAGACAAAGCAAGGCUGGAUCCAGAAUUGCCUUUACCACAACACCGUCGAAUCGCCUUCAUUGUACCUUGACCACCUCUGUGAUCGUUCAAACUUUCCUUCUACCUGCGUACGAACUCUUGCAGACCACGAAGAUGAAGUCUGGUGUCUUGCCUUCUCGAAUAAUGGCAAAUACUUAGCAACGGCCAGCAAGGACAAAUACGUCUACAUCUACGACGUGGAUAACGACUUCAAAAAGGUCCAUAUUCUAGCAGAACAUCACGCGGAAGUAUGCUAUAUCUCCUGGAGCCCAGACGAUUCGAAGCUCGUGACCUGCUCAAGAGAGAAAGACUGUACAGCGCGAAUAUGGAACACCGCCACAGGAGGUUGCAUUGCUGAAAUGCGUCAUUUCGAACAUCCUGUUAGCGCGGCUACAUGGGCACCUGAUAGCAACACCUUUGUCAUUGGCUCGCAGGACCACAAGAACUCGUUGUCUAUUUAUAGAAUCUUGCCGCCAGAGGCUUCAGACGAGGAAUACGAGCUAGUUUACACAUGGAGCAAUGACGCAAAUAUGCGGAUCUUCGACGUCGCACUCUCGCCAGACGGUCAGAAACUUGUUGCGCUUCUGGUAUACCAGAUAUUGGUCUACGACUUUUUCACAAGGGAGCUGAUCAAUCGAUACGAGUUUGGAAAAGCUAUGAUGACUUCUGUUAAGAUCAGCGCGGAUUCUAAGCACAUGCUUGUCGGCAUGAAUGAUAAUAAAAUUCGACUUAUGGCCAUAGAUACUGGCGAGGUCCUUCAGACGUUCGAAGGUCACAAGCAAGCGAAUUUUAUGAUCAAAAGCGUCUUCGGUGGUGCAAACGAGUCAUUCGUUGUAAGUGGCAGUGAAGACUCCAAAAUUUACAUUUGGCGAACUACGGGGCAUUUUGUUGAGGCUUUAGAUGCCCACUCGCCGGGUUGCGUCAAUGCUGUGGCGUGGCAUCCGAGGAAUCACACGCUGUUUGCAUCGGCAGGAGACGAUAGGAAAGUCAAGAUAUGGUCAAAUAAAGGCCUUGAAGGUGUUUCGCAUAAUGGCUAUACCGGAUAAUGACAGUAUACGUGCUGUGAUCUUUGGCGUUAUGAUUCACAAGGCUGGAGAUUCGCAUUCAUGGACAAGGCUUCCUAGACGAGAUCCCCAUCAGUCGAGCCCAGCUUUUUGGAUAUCAACCGCAUUUGCAGCUAACUUGUCAGCACUACUUUCCCCUGUAUUCAAGAGCCUUUGGCAGUUCCAGCACGGCCAUACUUCUCGCGACUUCUAUGCUUUGCAUUUGGAGAUGGUGUUCGCUUAUUGCACGUAGAGGUUGUCAAUUGCGGACUGACUGACGGCUUUGUGCGUCGGAACUUUUUGGAUUUAUACAGCGUAAGCACACGAUGUGAGCAUAUCUUAGAGAGGGCUUUUCAUGGGAGGUCGAUGCGCUGCGUUUCGAGGGGCAUAUCAUGAGCGGUGUAGAGUGUAUUGUAGGGCAUAAUACACGCCACUUUGAUCCACCCAUAGGUCGUCCAAUCAUCCUUAGUCUAAGUGUGGCAGCAUUUACAAACCUGACUUGGGCAUUGGAAUGACUAUGUCUUGGCUAUACUUUGCGUCACCGAAUAUGUUCUUUCCCU